AUGUGUGUGGAGAAGCCGCCCACCAUCCUCUUCCGCCACCAACUGGGGCCGAUCGCCCAGAGCAACGACGGGAAGUUGAUCGUGUACCCGGGCACCAUCCUCCAUCUGGAGUGCCUCUGGAAGCGGAAGUUCGGGAAGCCGGAGUGGGAGGUGAGCCACGGGCACCGGGACUACCCGGAGGGCUGGACGACGGACGAGAACCGGGACACGAACCUGGAGUAUCGGCUGAGCAUCUACCACGCCCAGAAGAACGACUCGGGGGUGUUCGCCUGCCGGGCGCCGAAUCGGCACAAGCACAGCGUGGAGGUCGUCGUGAAGGGUGAGUGA